AUGGUGACCAUGAAGGAACGUAGUAGUCCUUUCCGUCUAAAACGUUCAUAUCCGCAUUGCGAUAGUAGAAGGUCGGUGGUGAUUUGCGAGUGCGACCAAACAAAUGGAAUCGCUUGUGUGCUUCAUCCCACAGGAGAAGAUCCCUCGGGGCUUUCUCAGACUUCUUACGAAUCCCAUAGGACUAGCGCGGAACGUUCAACCCAGCGUUACCUCAAGUCCAUCCGAUAUGGCAACGGAACCCCGACUCGUGACAUCAAUUGGGAAAUCAUUUCGCCAUUACCGAGAGACCUACCAUGGUGCUUCGAAGUCAUCUUUGACUACGGUGAACAUGACGAAGAGAAGCCAACAACAGAUGCCAAGUGCAACUGGCAUGUGCGUGAAGAUCCAUUUUCAGUAUACAAGAGUUGUUUCGAAAUCCGGACAUAUCGCCGCUGCAACCGAGUUCUGAUGUUUCAUCACUUCCCCGAGGAGUUAAAACGGCAGGACUGUCUAGUCUAUUCUACUUGCUUCCAAUAUCAUACAGAUCCAGAUUCCGGAUCGGCAUUUCUCGAUUCGUGCACUCAGAACGGCUACAGUCCUAUCGGAGAAGAUGAGUACCAGACAUCAAGUCUACCGGCAUUCAGAUUCGAGUAUCAGAAGACUCCGCCACCCUGUAAAUUAGAAACGAGAGAGCUCGCUGCGUGGAUACCGGAGUUCAAAAACAGUGCAACGCAAUGGAUUGACCUGAAUGGUGAAGGGGCCCCAGGUGUGCUGGCGGAACUGCCGGGGGCUUGGUACUAUCGACGCAAUCUCACAAGUGACCUUGGAACUCAGCUUGGAGACCCACAGCUGGUGGAUACAAUCCCUAGUAUGCUCAACGAUCACAUGUGGGAGUUUGAAGAUAUUGCAGGGGAUGGCUUGCCGAGUGUUGUCAUUGAAGCACCGGACAUGAAGAUGCACGGGUUCUACGGACGGGAAAGUAAAGGAGGCUGGAACCCUUUCACCCCGUUCGAGUCCAAUCCGAUACUGUUUUCUGCUGGUAGGCACAAUGUUAGAAGAGUCGAUUUGACCGGUGAUGGACGUGCCGACUUGUUGCAAAUGGUCAAUGAUAUGAAUGAAGAGUUUGCAUGGUGUAAGUCUCUUGGAACCGGCGGUUAUGGACCAGCCCGGAGUACAGCCGGGGCACCCAAAUUGUUCUUAGGGGACCCAAACUCAGCAAUCUUGCUCUGUGAUAUGAGCGGCGAUGGUCUAGCUGACAUUGUGCAUUUUGGUAACGGCAAUAUCUGCUACUGGCCAAACAUGGGUUAUGGCACAUUUGGGGCACAGGUGGUGAUGGGAAAUGCUCCAGCGAUGGCCAGUCCGAGUGAAUUCUCAUCAUUGCGUAUCCGCACAGCGGAUCUUACUGGCUCUGGCACCACUGAUUUGAUUUACCUUCUACCUGACGGUGGGGCCAUGGUAUACUAUAACCAGGUGGGAAACCGGUGGAGCGAAGGCUGUCUGCUGCCAUUCAUCCCGGCUUUAGAUCAUACCUCUUCUGUCGAUGUUCUAGACAUCACUGGGAGAGGUACGCCAUGUUUAUGCUGGGCCUCGAAUCUCCAUGGUAACGCUAGUAAUGGGGGCCUGGGCACUAUUCGCUACAUUGAUCUGACCGGAGGGCAACGGCCUGGGCUACUCUCCAGAUCUCUCAAUGGGAUCGGAGGAGAAACUACGCUUGAAUACCGAUCAUCAUCUAUGUUCUACCGGGAGGAUGAACGUAACGGGCGGCCGUGGACGACAAAAAUGCCAUUCCCUAUUCAGUGCGCUUCACGAAUCGAGGUUGUCGAUCAUAUUGCGCAAACAAGUCAUAUCAAGCGUUACGACUACCAUAACGGCUACUACGACCCCAUAGAUCGUCAAUUCCGGGGUUUUCAAAUGGUUGAAACUUGGGACGCAGAGGAAUAUGAGGCAAAGACAGCAUCCAGCUUUCAGCGACCACCUGUGCUCAGCCGUUCGUGGUAUUAUCUUGGCCAUGAAGAGGUUGAUAGUGAUGAAGCCCUUCCUUGGAGAUUUUUAGUUUGUCACCCACAGCAUGCGGAUAUCUCGAGUGCAAAAAUUCCCUCUAACAUUACACCCCAAGAGAGACACGAAGCCUAUCGAGCUCUGGCUGGAAGGCCACGGCGACAGGAACUUUUCAGCUCUGAUGCAAGUGAUGGACGGACUGCACUUCCUUAUAUGAUAACUCAGCAAAGAUAUGAGGUUGUACUGGAGCAGAAGAUUGUCGAUAAGCAGCGACACGCAGUCUAUAGAGUUAACGACCUUGAGGAACUAGAGAGCCAACUUCUUGACUACGACGACCAGCGACGACAGACAGAAACUGUCAUCGAGUAUACUGAGACAACUUGCACCAAUGCAGUGAAGGCUGAAAACUACUUCCACACUCCGCUUGUGGCUGGGGUUCGGCGUUAUCGAGUGUUUCCCGUGUCGCCGCCAGGCGGCUUGACUCGUUACUCCUGGGAUGAGCUGGCGGCGGACGAUUUCAAGAUCUUAAAACAAGCAACCGAGGUCCCGGCCCACCAGGGCCUUCCAGAUGUAUUUGCUCAAGAAAACCCAAAGAGUUGCAAAACUCUCUUGACUGCAGAACAAGUCCUUUACACGGACGAUAUGCGCAAUCCUCUAGAUUUCGCAGUUCUCAUGCCUUUUUCGAACGUAUACCAGACAUACAAGCUCGUAUUUACUUCGGAAUUUCUCGCCAAAGCAUAUUCUGACAUACCGACCAACCUUGAGGCUGCACAGCUACAAGCAGGUGGCUAUGUAGAGCGCCCGGCGUCAAGUGGCCAAUGGUGGUUACCAUCCUCGCGUGCGCUUCUUGAAGAUCCCCUUUCAGAUGAUUGGCUGGCAGCAGCGCGCUCGCAUUUCUAUAUUCCCAAUGGUCACAUUGACCCGUUUGGCAAUGUCUCCAGAGAAUAUUAUGAUCGUCACUGCCUGCUGACGACGAGCUCUAGCGACGCUUCUCUCAAUACUACCGUGUACCAGCAGGAUUAUGCGAGACUACAACCCACUCUUAUCACCGAUGCGAACAUGAACCAAAUACAGAUGGCUUUGGAUUCACUGGGGCUUCCCAUCGGAAUCGCUACGAGGGGUAAAUCUGACGACUUUGUUGGCGACAAUGUGGACGAUGUGCCGUUGAAACUAGAUGACAAGGACCUAAAGAAUUUCCUCUUGAAUCCUACUGAAAAGGCCGCUCAGCUUCUGGGAAAGGCGACAAGUCGUACGAUCUACGAUUUUCAUCGUUAUGAGAAGACGACUGGUUCAUCGCACCAGCCCGACCACUUAACUCCCCCAUUCAUGGCCCAACUGGUUCGCCACAAUCACUGUGCGUUGAAUGAACAUGGUCUCAACCAGACACAAAUCUCAAUUCAUAUCACCUAUAUCAACGGCACUGGCCAAAGCAUCCAGGAGGCCACCUUCACCUGUAAAGAGAAUCCAAGUGGCUCACCAACCUGGAACAUUACUGGAUGGGUCCGACACGACAACAAGGGUGACACGCCAUCAUUUUCAAGCGCCAACGGAAACCUGACCCUGCCAGCGACCACAUUCGUUCGAGAUCCACUCGGUCGUGUUGUCGGAGUUCUGAAUGCCGAUCAUACCUGGACCAAAACUCGUUUUACGCCAUGGAUGGAGUCAUCCUUUGAUGCGGGAGACACAAUCUUAAUUGAUCCAACCAGUGACGUGGACGUUGGCAGCUACUUCCGACAAUUGAAAUUGGCCCCUGGCUUUACUAGUUGGUAUCACCAGCGGACAGACAAUGCUUCUCAUCAAUACAACAAAUACGAUGAGAAAGCCGCGCAGCAGUCCAAAAUAUACCAUGAUACGCCCGUAACCACACACCUAGACGUAUUUGGUCACCCCAUCAUUCAGGGAACUAGUAAUGGCAUGGUGAAACGUGAGACCAAAACAAAAUUUGAUAUCCGAGGCAACCUGGAAAGGACCUUGGAUACUCUCGAGAGAACCGUUGAGAUUAGCCUGAGUGAUCUGCUGGGACGACCUGUUCGCACGUGCAAUAUGGACAAAGGAAAGCGGUGGCUCUUACUAGACUGCCAAAAUACUCCACUCUUGUCUUGGUCAGAUCGAGGCAUUCGGCAGCGCGUGGAGUAUGACAAGCUACGGCGGCCAACCAAUACUUGGGUCCAAUAUGGAGCCGCGGAAAAAGAGGUUCUGACAGUGCAAAGGAUCUAUGGCGAAGCAAAUGCGAAUGCAGUCUCGCUCAACCUCAAAGGCCAGUUGUGGCAGUGUUACGACCAAUCCGGGCUUCACACCAACCAUCGGUUUGACUUCAAGGGAAAUUGUAUCGAGUCCAGCAUCCGGUAUGCAGACGAGUACAAGAAAUUGAUAGAUUGGUCCGAAGCCCAGGAGGUUACCCUCGAAGAGGACGAAUACAAAAGCACAAUUACGUUCAAUGCGCUUGACCAGCCAUUAGACACAGUGGCAGAUGGGGUAGGUCGCGUACAACGAGAGUAUGAUGCGGCUGGCCGAUUACGGGCACUUCGAUCCUACGAUCGUAACAGCCACUCGGUGACAUCUUCAGCGGAAGGUAUUAUGUAUGAGCCCGAUGGCCAACUGAAGUGCGUCACCUUUGGAAAGGGGUCAAGGACCACCCACACCUAUGAUCGAAAGAGCCGUCGCCUUAUUGCCACUUGUAGCGUACGACUCAAAGACAAAAAGGUGUUGCAGAACCUCGUCCACACCCAUGACUGUAUGGGGAAUAUUGUACGUACCCAGGAUAGCACACAACAAGUUGUCUUCUUCCAAAAUAAGGUGGUGUCGCCUGAACGACAGUUCGAGUACGACUUACUCGGUCAGAUCGUCAGAGCCACGGGCCGCGAACAAGUCAAUGCUGCACACGGUGGAGGCAGAGCACUCAAACCGUAUGAUUUCAAUUCCGGAACACGCAAUAGCGGGUUGGGCGACGGCAGGCGAAUGAUACGCUAUGAGGAGAGCUAUACCUACGAUAAUGCCGGAAACCUACUUCUGCUACAGCACACACCCGCUAACCCUUACUCCGGCUGGACGAGAGAGUAUAAAUACAAUGAGGAAAGCCGUGUUUGCGACGCUCAAUUGAGCAACAGACUGUCAAGCACAUCGUCUGCUGGUAGACAACAGGACUACGAAUACGACGAUGAUGCUGGACGACACGGAUGCAUGACUGAAAUGCCCGGCUAUUCAUCGCUCAGAUGGGACUACACAGACAAAUUGCAAUCACUCUCAAUGCAACGGGUAUCUGUUUUGGCAGCACCAGAGACUACCUGGUACGUUUACGAUGCCAAUGGCACGAGAGUGCGAAAGAUCACAGAACGCAGUGCCGACCCCGCUGGCAAAACAACACCAACCAAAAGCAAAGAGACCAAGUAUCUGCCCCUCUUCGAACUUUUUGUGGCAUAUCAAGGCGAUGGCUGCAGUAGACGUCGCGAAAUAACUACCCUAAAUGUGGGUGAUGCUGCCCUGGGGACAGCUCCAAUCGCCACGCUCGAGAAGGGCCACAGCUCGGACCUGCUCGUCCAGUAUCAGCUAAGCCCGCAUCUAGGGUUGGAUAACAAUGCAGCGCCCAUUUUCUACGAGGAGUAUUCUCCCUUUGGUACCAGCACCUACCAGUAUCGGCAUAAAGGGGUUUCUCGCAAUUAUCGCUUCGCCGGCUACUACCGGGAUAAGGAAAGUGGCCUAUACCAUUGUGGGGAGCGAUACUAUGCGCCGUGGCUUGGCCGCUGGACAUCGCCAGAUCCACUGGGGACUGUGGACGGUCUAAAUCUUUACAUCUACGCAGGAAAUGACCCAGUGAAUUUUGAUGACCAUCGAGGGACUGCGAAACAAGGCAGAAAUAGGCAGGGUCAGCCUAGACAAAAUCAUGAGCCAAGUACCAGCCAAGGCCAGCCACACAGACCGGUUCAACAACAUCGCCAUUCAAACGAUAACAGCGACCGAGCCGGUCCCUCUGGGAGCCACACGAUAUAUUUUAGACCAUGUAUAGGACAUAACCAACAAGGCGGUAGAGCUGUUGCUCGCGCUGGCAAUCCAGGGCAUUUACAAGAGGCCGUUCCGUGCCGCACGUUUCAGCUGGAGCUUUGCGAUAUCAGAUGGUCCCAGAAGAAUGUUGCGCAAGAAGUUCAUGUUGUCCCGAAUGAUAAGAAGGGUAUACUCCGUGAGGCUGCGAAGGUGAAACGCCAAUUCAAACAGGCUAAAGCAGCCGGAUUGUCAGAGGAAGGCGCUGCCCAGAGAGCUCUCGAAUACUUCCAUCGCCGGUAUGACCACAUGCAUGUCACUCCAGUGCCUGUUGAACUGUCUGCGGCUGAAAAGGAAGGAAUGUCUGAAGUAGACAGGGCGAGAACAUGGUGGGCACUUCCUUAUUUCACACUUGACAAUCGACGUCUGACAGUUCUGAAAAAUGCCGGACUACCCCCAAAUACACUGAUCGAAGUGCAUCGAGCUAGCAUGGAGGAAAGUAUAGGAAGUUGGGGUGGGAUCAGAUUCCGGAACCUCCUGGAAAAUAUCGAACCGCUCGGCACUAGUCCUUACCUAAAUCGAAUAGAGCUGGAAAUAAUAGAAGCUCACGACCGAGGGGUGGCUUUCCCUGCAAACCUUACUGGAAAAUUCACCACGGAAACUUGGGGCAGGACUAUUACCAUCAGGCGGAAAAAACGGGAGAGUCAAUCCUGA